CGGGCGCUGGUGUUCCAAAGCUCUUCCGUUCAACUGCAUGCGUGGGUGUUGCAACGUGGGUUAGGGGGAGGGGUAACCUCCUUCCUUGCUUGGUGUUGACCGCCUACGCCCAGAGGACGGGCGGGAAUUCCCACGCCCAACUUCCAGCCUGCAAGGGCAGGUUCGGCUCGCGCCGGCGCUUUGCGGCCCUUCGUCGGCCGGCGGCGGCGGCGUGAGGAUGGCCAGGGCUGUGCUGCCCAGCGCCGACGGCGCGGGCGAGCUGCCCAGGCAGGCGGGCGCCGCCUACUCCCAGGUGGAGCCGCUCGUCGGGCCGCGGGAGUUCGAGUGGAGUCGCUCGUGGGCCCAGGAGCAGGGGAACAGACGAGGACAUAACAUACAGUCGGUCCGCGCGGAUUUCUCGGAUCGGCGCUGGGCCCCCCUCCCUGGCGCGCGGAGUGCGCCAUGGGCGGCGCCGGAGGCGCCGCCAGCGUGUCGGUUGUUUGUUCCACUAUUUGUUUCAUUGCAGGAGGCACAGGCGCUGGAGGAGUCGAUCGGGCGCGCCCCCGAGCUCGGCGGCGACCUGGCCGCUUCCUCGGAGCAGGCGCGUCCUGCUGCGCGAGUGGCGCUGGGCGUACUGUGCCUUACUCGGAGAACUGCCGCUUUGUGUCAGGCUUGCUCUUGGCCUUUCCGGGUCGAAGCUGACGUGCCGACCCGCAGGUCGGAGCCCGCUCCCGGCGGUGUGGUGCAGCAGGCCCACCCUCGCGCGCUUGUCACGAGGGUGGCGAGGUACGAGUUCAAACUCAUUAGCUCGGGACUGUGCCAAGACACUGGCUGGUCAAUAGUCGCGGACUCCGACACCUGCGAGGCCGCGGCAAAGCAACUGCAGCUGGAUGGCUCGCACGUCACGAUCACCACCGAAGUGGGCGUACCCGACGGCUGCUACUACCGCAACGGCUCUUCUGGCAGCGCUGGCGCGCUCUUCCUGAGCACCAGCCCGCUGAAUCGUGGCAGCCGAGACUAUCAGUCUGACGUCCAGGGGGAGGUGAACCAGCGAGUCUGUUCCCAGACGGUGGCUGCCAGCUUCACCAGGGAGCAGGCCCAGGACGACGCACGGCAGCAGAUCGCUUUUGCUACCUCCAUGUUGAUGGUUGGGAAGGUGGACGGUCUGGACGUGGACGUCCCUGUUCGCGAGGGCAGCAAGUUGACCGCUUUUCAGGCACCAGCGCCCCAUGGGAGUGCGGACACGACAGUGGCCCCCACGACCACGACUGCCGCCCCCGCAACGUCCAAGGCGCCCCACGGCCGUGCGAACACGACUGGUGCGGGCACGACGGGUGCGAACACGACUGGUGCGAACACGACGGGAACGAACACGACGGGCACGAAUACGACGUCCAAGGUGCCUCCCUCCAACUUGCCGGUGGCGGUCGCUGUGAAGCCUUUGGAAAUCAUAAAGGCGAUAGGGUAUGCUCCUGUUCCGCUGAGAGGCGUGGGCGAGCACUUGCCGAACGAUGAUUUCAUGCAGGCCAACACUUCAGCGUUGUGGGGGCCUGACGGGCGGCAGGACCUCAGUAUCAUGAGGUCGCUUGGGGCCAAUGCAGUGCGGCUCUAUGGCAACGAUCCGUCCCUGGACCAUGGGUCCUUCCUCGAUGAGGCGCAGAAGGAGGGCCUGGAGGUCAUCGCGGGCAUGAGCGAUUACGCGUACACUCAGAUGUACGGCUCCUGCAAGGACACGGAAUUUGAUUGCUACAGGCAGAUCAAGGAACAGUAUUUGGCCAAUCUCAAGGGGGGGUUCCUGCAGGACAACGGUCACUACCACCCAGCCCUCAAGGUCGUGGUCCUCAUUAACGAACCGGACCUGAAGUUGAGCCACGAUUCCGGAGUCGUCGCUAGUCCCGAAAAGUUCUGCAAGGCCAUUGUGAGUGCAUUCGACGCUGUGCUGGACGCGGAGAAGGAGGUGAGAGCUUUAGGCCCCGCGCCAAAUUUCAGUGCCACGUUCUCGUAUGGGGUGUGCUAUGAAUGCGCGGGCAUUGACAAGACGAUGCCCGCGUACGGGCAGAUGCGUGAGCUGAGGAAGGCUAUGAAAAAGCCCUCAAGCGUGGGUUACGCUGCAAAGAACAACCUCUGGGCUGCAUAUCAUGAGCGCUUUGUGAACAGCGUCAAUACUGAGAACAGGGCUGAGGAUUACCAGGAGUUUUUCCAGCUCAGGUACGAUGCCGAGUUCCAGGGCACCCCCGUCUUCCUCGGUGAGUACCACGCGCCUCCUUUCGACCAGGUGGAGGACCUCCAGUCGAUCAUCAAGAUCGCAGAGAACCGGUCCAGCCUUUUGACAGGGCUUUCCUUCUUCGAAUUUCAGACCCGCUACGAUAAAGGCGGUGUGGGCGAGAUGUCCUUCGGGAUGUUCGGCCUUGGAGACACGACUCUUGGCAGCUUCAACAUGUAUGACAAGGAGGUCCAAGCGUACUGCCUCACGUCGACCCGCGCUGGUGUGGGCAACCACGUCGUCCAUCACGCCCUUGCCAAGGCCUUCAACGGCUCUGGGCUCAAGAGUGAGGACCUGUGCCCUGGCACCCCGGCCGACAUGAUAUGAGGUCUGCGCGGCAAGCCUCUUUCGCGCUCGCUGGGCUCAUCCUCGGCUGCUUUUCUCGGGCCCUCUUACCGCACCUCGGAGGAGGGAAGAGGGUUACCAUAGCCACCGG